AUGGCGUCGAUUGAAGUCGUCAACGAUGAAGCUCGUCGAGAGUGCCAAGCCGUGCAGGGAUUAUUGCAAUCAACCCGCUCUGAUUGGCUGCGUCUGGGGUCUCCACCAAGUGCCAGCCCGAACGAGCAUCUGUCUCUGUCAUCGUCAACUCCUCUGCCAUUAUGGGCUUCAUGUUUUCCUGAUGCCCGACGUUUCUGCUCGAUCGCGUGUUCCCCGGGUCUCCACGACUCUAAUGGCCGUGCUGCUCGAUUCACACUGCUUUCUGCCCUUGGUGUGGCAGGGCAUGCAUCCCCACUACGGCUGAGCCCGCCACGUAGCAAGCUCCACCGACACUGUCGCUUCUGGCCAUGCUGCUCAUGCUCACCACACAGUCGGAUGCUUCAUUUUUCUUUGGUCAGGCUGUCCUCACAGGCUGCGGGGCCAUGGCUUUGCUGGCAGUUUCCGAUGCUAUGA